ACCACUGCGUUGUACAGUCGUGGAAACUUCUUGCGGCCAGUUCUCAUUCAGACCAGGAUUUACCUUGUGAAAGCUUCUUGUCAGUUCAUUGUGAGAACUCAUGAUAGAUGUUGACAUAGGAUUACUUUAGGAAUUUGCAUUAUUGUAUCCUAAUUCCAGAUAGUCUUAAAAGAAAAAAAGAUAUUAAUUUAACAGUAGUGAUAAAACAAAUUACUGAAAAGAACUAUGUAAAUAAAGGUUAUAAAUUGGCCUCACAAUUGAAAACAAUACAUUGAUAAACUAUAGAUUUUCAUUGAAGAAAGUUUUUGGUGCUGAUUAAAAUCUUUUGGAACUUACUUGCAAUUCAAUAUAAAGUUUUUUUUCCUUAAGUAAGAAUUUAAAUCAAGAAAAAAAUCAGCAUGGAUUCUACACCAGAACAAGCCAGUGCACCUACAGAGGACAACAAUGUAGAGACUGAAGACACCACAUCAAACAUUGACAACACCAAGCAAGAUGUGGAAGACAACAAGCCAGGACUAGAUAAAGAAGACGAUGCCCCACUGUAUGCAACAGUUGAUAAAACCAGCAAAGAAGACCAAACAGGGUAUAUGGUUGAUGGAACAAAUGAAACUGCAAAACAAGAAGAAAUUACAGAGUCAGUAGGUGAUCAGGAAAAGGAGACCAAAGAAGUGGCUCAAGCAGAUUCUCCAGUGGCAGCGAGGGCAGACUCCCAUAGAGCUGGUGGGGAUCAGGCUUACACUGAUGAUGCAAACCCUUAUGAAGAGAUUGAGGUACAACCUGCAACACAGGAAGAGAGCACUGGUGUUACAGAAACACAGGAAACCAAAGAAAAUGUCUGCGAAGAAAGACCCCCUACCCCUCCUGCCAGUGAGACACCUAGUGAAGAGCCUCCCAGCUACAACGACGUCCAGGAUGAUGACCAGCAGGAGCCUGAGGAAACCCCUGAAUCUGAACCUGAGCCUGAACCAGUUCCUGUCCCUGUGGUGGCUGACACCCCUUCGCACGAUUACCAUCCCCGCCAAUGUCACAUACGCAAGUGGCCAGACUUCCAAGGGUACGGUUUCAACUUGCAUGCAGAGAAAGAAAAGAAGGGUCAAUACAUUGGGCUUGUCGAUGCAAACUCACCUGCUGAUGAUGCAGGGCUCCAAAAGGGUGACCGAAUCAUUGAGGUCAAUGGUGAGAAUAUUGAAGACACAACCCACCAACAGGUGAUUCAGAAAAUCAAAGCUGGUGGUGAGGAGACCAUUCUUCUGGUGGUCGACCAAGAUACUGAUGACUUCUACAAGAACAACGGAAUCAAAAUUACGGCUGACCUUCCAGAGGUCAUUAAGGGCGAGACCACCCCAAGGGACUCAUCUUCAGUUCCAGAGUCGAGUCCAUACAAUCCCCGUCUGUGCCACAUCAUCAAGUGGGCGGACUUUAACGGCUACGGCUUCAAUCUGCAUGCUGAGAAGGAGCGAGGCGGCCAGUAUAUCGGGAAAAUUGAUGCCGCAUCCCCUGCCGAGGAUGGGGGUCUGCGCGAGAACGACAGAAUCAUCGAAGUGAAUGGUGCGAACGUUGAGAAUGAAACCCACCAGCAAGUUAUCUCUCGGAUUAAACAAGGUGGCGACGAAACAAAGUUGUUAGUGGUGGACAGAGAUGCGGAUAAGUACUACAAAAGUAAAGGAGUUACGGUGACCUCAAGCAUGUCCGAAGUGAAGAGAAUGGCAACAGCUCGAAGGUCCCCAAAAACUAGUUCUGCAGUAACCAAUGGUGACAGCCGCCCAGCCCCCCAGCAAACAAGAGUGGAGCCAGCCAUCACAAACUCGCAGCCCACGCAGGCUAAUGGCACUGACUUCCUGUCUAUGAACGUCUCGGCCAAGGAGAUGAGAGAACGCAUCGCAUCCAAAAAGAAGAACGACCCAAAACAAAAAUCCAACAUGGACUUUAAAUCGAAAUUCGAGAUUUUCCAGAAAAUGUGAUCAUUUUAUAACUAGUAAAUAAUUGUGUAUUCAAAUUCAUUAUACAUAUAACACAUAGCAGUGACUGUAUUUAGAGAUAUAUAUAUUAUAUUGUUUGGUCAGACCUUUUUGUUCUACCCAAAUAAACUGUGAAGUAACUUUUUAUGGGAGUUGAUGUGGAAUAUUAACUUUUGAGACGAAAAUAUACCUAUAAAUUUUGUUUACCCUGAUUUGCCUAUUCAAAUAUACUUUAUCUGCAAAAUUGAUAAAGCUGCCAUAACUAUGAAUGCACAUUUUUGAAGCUUGAAUAUCUAACAUUUUAUAUACCCAGAUAUAUACGGAACAGAUUGCAAUGCAACUUGUGUAACAAUGAAUAAUUUGUUUACUCCCUUUUUAGGCAUUGUGUUAUAAUAAUGUAAUGGGAACGGUUACAUGUAUUUGACCAAAGCAAAAUGUGAUGUUUGUAUUUCGCUUAUACAUUUAAUAGUAUACCUUUCAUUCGCACCUGAAUUUGUGGGGUUAACAACUGUGGAUUCACUUGUUGUUAUCAGAUUGUGUGCUCAUGUACAGUGUUUGUCCAUCUUAUAGUGGUAAUAUUAUCAGUGUUAGUGUGUGUAUAGAUGCAAGAUUAGGAAAGAAAAAAAAUCAAAUGUAUUUGAUAAUUUCCCCAUAUCUAUUCCAAGUAAAUUGAGUUUGUAUUUAAAAAGGUGAAUAUUAUGAAGAGCCUUUCUAUUGCAACAUGGGAGAGUUUAGACAUGAAAAGCUUAUGAUUAAGUUGUGAAUAGUGCAUUGCAAACUAUCACAAGGGAAAUCAACAGUUAUCAAGUUGAUGAAUGGAUUUGUGUUUGAGUAGGAAUAAAUCGUACAUGUGUAUAAUGUAGCGCAAGCGUAUCUCAAUAAACAAUCACUUGAUUUUUAUACCAUUUUUGUGCUCACAGCAUUAUUGCUUUUUUUCUAGCGCAGUAAAAUGCUCACACACUUAGCUCUUUUCUUUGCCUUUGUAUUUAAAAAAAAUGUAUUGUCUUAUAGAUAGCAAAAUGCCUUGACACAUUUUUUUGUCAUAUGUGAAUGGAGCAAGUUUGUUUAUGAUGAAUAUUUAAGGAGAUUUUGUUGUUAAGAAAGGUUCUUGGCCUAACAGUAAUGGUCGUAUUUUGUUUAUGGUUGUUUCAGCACAUGUGCUCAUCUCAUCUGGGCCUAGCCACUUACAUUCCAGGUGUAAUUUACCAAAUCAUCGUACUUUGUUCCAAUUAUUGAUUGUCCCCCAUGAAUUUAUUUUCAUAAAAAAUAUUUCUCUCAUUUUUUGUGACAUUUAUGAAUGGAUAUUUGAUAUUUUAUGAAGUUGGAGAGAUUUCAAGUGUAUUUUAAAAAAGCUAUUGCAGUAUUAUUUUCUCCUUGCUUGGGAAAGAAAAAGAACUGCUUUUUUUGCCUAAGUUGUAAAUGUCACCAUUCAUUAAUGUCAGAGGUUUUUGUUUAAGGAAUCCAAUUUACUUAGUCUAGAGGAGUUGAUGUAUUGUAUAUUCUAUGCAUGAGAUAACUUUAUGUGAGAAUGACAAACUUUCAUAUCUUGGGCUCAGCACAACACAAACACACUCCUUCUACUUAGUAAGGAAUUAUAUUCGUCUUGCUCUGAGCCCUUGAAUUUUUAUAUCUUCUUUGAGUUUGUCAUCAUGCUUUGUCAUGUUGUUUUUUCAUGUUUGUAAAAUCAUUUAUAUCAUAAGCAGAGUGUGUACACUUUCUUUAUGUAUAAUUCUACUUCAUACAUGUUAUACUAAAACUCUUGUUCUGUUGAAGAAAUCUUUAUAAUAAAUGAUCUAUUUGAUGUUAAAGUUUAUUAUUUUUUUAGUAUGUUUUUGCUGAAAAUGAAAAGCAAUUAGCUGUAUAGAUUGUUUUUUGACAAAAUAUUUUAACUUGCUUAAUUGGUGCCAACAAAGAAUGACCAGUAGUGAGACUAUGUAUUAUUGAUUAUAUGACCGGUUGAAGAUAGCCAAACCCAUAUGUAUCUGACCCUGGUCACUGAGUCAACACAACUGUCUCUUUGCCUUGUAAAACAUAGCAACUUAUAUCUGUAUCGACCAGUGUAGGACAUGUAAAGUAGAUUCAGUGUAGGCCAUAAAUAUCUAAGUUCAAAUUUGUUUUAGUUUGUAUAUCCAUAAAUCUUGUAGAACAGCAGUGAAUGGUUGACAUUGAUUGAUUCCUUUGCCCAUCUGAGGGAAUAAAAUACCAUAAUCUUUGGUUAAUCCACAACUUGUCUGCAGCCAACAAAUGUGAAUCUUGCCUCUUAUCAUGUUUGGCCAGAGUUUUGUCUUGUAAUGUUUAAAGAUUCUGUUCUAUUUCUGGACUGUGAUUAUAGAUCAUUAAUGUUGCUGUUUCCAAAUUGUUCUCAAGUUGCUCAUUGUUUUAGAGUGCUACCAAAGAAACAAGACAAUUUUUUUAAUUGGAUUUUAUAAAGAGUUCUUGUGAAUAUUUGUUGAAAUGGUGCAAUAAUAUGUUUGGGUAAUUUCAUUUCCUCGAAACAUAAGAUAUUAUUGAAAUUACAAAAAUAAUAAUUGCUCUCAGAAAAAAGGUUUUAGAAAGAUCUCUCUAUUUUUAAAGUUCAUGUAUUUUUUAAGUGCUAGAUAAAGUAACUGUUUGCCUGAGACUCCGAGGACAAGAUAAUUGUGUUGCUUCCAACUAACCCACAUGUAUUAACCUUUAGUUCCUUGUGUAGAAUUAACAUGAAGUAAUUCAAUGAUGGCAUUUGUAUAUAUUUCAUAUUUCUUAUGUGAUUGAUCAUUAUGCCAUUAUAACACUGCAGAAUUUUUUCAAUGAAAUAUCUCAACUAUAGACACUGUUCAUAGAGCGGACUUAUGGUGACUGGAGCUUAUGCUAAAGUUAUGGAAAUAGACCAGAAAUGUCUAGUUCCAUAGCAGAAAUCUUAGCUUGUAGUAACAGAACAUUUCAAGGAGAACUACAAUUAUUAUAAAUUGUUAUCUUGUUAAAUUGUGUUUUCUUAAAAGGAUUUUUUCUGUGCGUUGUAAAUAGUGAUAGAUCAGCGGGAACAUUGUUCAUACAGCGACCACACAUAGAUAGAGGCUGUCAUUUCUUCCAAACACGCUUCUCCAUUGUAUAGCAAUUAGCAGUCAAUCAUGUCGAAAUUUAAGACUUAAUAUCCUUAAAUUUUAAGCAACUAAAGAUUACUCGAAGAUGAAUGUCAUGAAUUUGUUCACCAUUUGAUAUAAGCCUGUUUGGUUGAAGUGUCAGGAGUAGGGUUUUGUUUCUGCUGGCCAGUGCCUAUAGUCUGAUGUACGUAUUGGCAUAUACUUUAUUACAUAAUAUUCCAGGAACAAAACAUAUAUUUUGUUACAAUAAAGACUAUAAUACAAA